UUGCGUGCACUACUACAAUAAGCUCGGUCGAGACGUGUUUCAAAGUCAAUGUGAAAAAAGUGUAAAAUUCAAUUCAAUUUUUGAAAACAAAAAAAGCUAAGCAAGCCAACCGAAAACAUUUUAUUGCAAUUCACUUUAUCACUAAGCGCAGAAAGACACCGAUAUCGAUGUCUCCGCAAUUAGAGAAUGCUUAAGUUACCAAAGGGCUUAAAAAAGAAAAAGAAGAAGUCGAAAAAGGAUCAAGAACUCUUCACCGAAGAGGAGCUCGAACAGUAUAAGCGCGAGUUAAAAGCUAAGCAGGAGGCAGCCGCUGCUAAAUCGGACGCUGGUGAAUCGGACGCAGCAUCAGACGUUGAGGGUUUAGCACCAACUGCAGCAUCCACUUCCAGCACAGCUCCUGCGCAUACCGAAACAACUGAGGCAAACGCGGAUACCAGCGCUAACGGCGGCGCAGCGCCUGCCGCAGCUGCAAAGAGUGCCGAACAGGACGAAGAGUGGGCCAAGUUCAAAGCGCUUACGUCCGGCGUCGAUUCUAUUUUACAUAAAACUCAAGACGAGUUAGAUCGUAUUAAGAAAGAGUCUUUCUAUCAACGUUUACCAUCGGCGGCAGAGAAAAAACGACUCGAAGAGGAAGAAGCUGCACGUCGUGAGGCGGAACGUUUGGAAGAAGAACGUCGUAAGGCAGCCGAAUUAGAGGCACAACGUGACAAAUUAGCCGAAGCUGUAGUCGAACUCUCCGAAUCGGAAGGCGAACAGGACGAAGAGGUCGAUGAUAUCUUCGCUACUGACUAUAUAGAGGCGAUAACUAGUGGAGAGGUACAAUUAGCUGUUGUACCUGAGUCGCCGGUAUUGGAAUUUGACGACGGUCCUGAUCCGUUCGAUACAGCAUAUGCAGAAAAAGUUAUUGUUGGCGCAGAUAAGGCUAAGGGUAAUAAGAAACUCGUCAGCCUUGGUGCGGCGGUUGAAGUCCUCUCGGGGCGUGUGGAUCGUGAGCACGCACUUGCGCUUGCCAAACCUAAACGGAAGCUACGAAAAGGUAUACAGAACCUAUUGCUGAGCGAGAGUAUUGAUCUUGCCGAUCAGGAAGUUGAAAUAGUUGCUGCUGAACCACAGAAAAAUUUACUUGACGAGCUUGUUGAUGAUGUACCAGCGUCAGAUGCACCAAUUGAUUUGAGUGUUUCAUUACAUUUGCAUUUGAUACAACAUAAAAAACCAGAAGAAGAAGAGGAGGAGGAAGCGGUAAACGACACCGGCUUACCGGAUUUGUCAGAAUUCGAUGCACUUAAAGACGAUGAUGAUGAUGAGUUUGCUGAAUUAGCAGCCGAAUCGUUAACCAAAAAAGAAGAAAUAAAAGUUAUCACACAGAUACCACUUCCUCAAGCCGAAGUACUUUCAGAAGUUGUAGACGCAGAUUGGGCAGAAUUUGAGCAAGUACCCGAAGAGGAAGCAACCAGUGAAGCUAAACCAGCACGUCCUCCACCACCAGCUAGACCUGCCUCUGGUCCGCACUUAGUUGCAGGUGCCAUAUACAUAAGUGACGACGAAGAAGAUUACGCUGCUGACGAUCCAUUCAAUACUGCAUACGCUGAGCAAGUCAUCAAAAAGACUACCGUACUAGAAGAAGACGACGACUUUGAUCCACGGGCCGAGGAAAAAUCUGUACCGCCCGUCAAACCGCCACCACCAGCUGCAAACUUAUUAUCACAGCCAACACGUGAUUUGUUGGGUGGCAGCACUACUGAUUUGUCCAAGGUUGGUCCUGCACCCAUAGCCCCUACACAGGAGGUUGAGGAGGACCCAGCCGAUUUUGAUCCAUUCGAUACUUCUGCAGUCAGUGCAAUCGUUCAACCCAAGGCGACGGAGUUAAAGUUCUUGGAGCGUGAACUCUUACCUGAAAGUAAUCUUAAGCAUUCACUUAGUGAUCCAGACUUUGAUCCACGUGCAGACGAACCAGCACCAGUUCCAACAAAGGCUGUAGUGCCACCACCUCGUCCGGCCGCACCACCUGUGCAAACUCAAAAUAAUAAUUCGACUAUUGAUUUUGAUACUGCACGACGCAAGUCUUCCUUAAGCUUGAAUAUCCAAUCAAAAAGUGUUGGCUUCUUGGUUCCUUCACAAGAUUUGCUUGGUGCCGCGAAUGACGGUCACGGCAACAAGAAACCAUUGACACCUUAUUACGCACCGACUGGAUCAAAAGAAACAAUUAGUGAAAAAGAGGCAGAAGAUCCUUUCGACACCUCAUACGUACCAGAAGCGAAACCAAGCCAGGUUGAACUGAAGCAUCUCGAAGAAGAUUUACUAACAAAAAAUACUCUAAAACACAGUCUAUCCGAUCCCGAUUUCGAUCCACGUGCUCCACCUACACCGGUGCCGGCAGAGGAGCUAUUAGCAGUAAAAGAAGAUAUAAAGGCGAAGGUGCUGACACCAUCUCAAGAGAGUAAAGACCUAACGGACGACGCUCUUGAGUACAUAGACCCAUUCGACACAUCUAUUGCGUCUAAUUUGCAACCAGGCAGAGCAGAGCUAAAACUUUUGGAGAGUGAAUUGCUACCUCCUACGGCUCCACAGAUUACAACUGGUGUGCUUGAUACGCAGACAGACGCACAAGAACUCGGUCUAGGCGAUAAGGUGUUAACACCUUCGGUACCUGUAAAACAACUUACACUUCCCGAAGAAGUUGAUCCGUUUGACACUUCAAUUGCGGAGAAUUUGGCACCAGGCGCAACCGAAAUCAAGUUAUUGGAGAGUGAAUUAAUUGAGCGUUAAACUUCAUACAAAUAAUUCGA